CUAAAUUUGAGUGUAGUCGGAUUGUUUAUUGAUUUUUGACAAGUGGGUUGGGUAUAGGCAAUUUUUGGUGAGGAGAAGUGUGAGUGUCUAAGAAUUAGCUUUCUAGUUUUGUUUUUAUUUAUGGGAUGAUCGGGGUUAUUCAGGAGUCAUUCGUACUUUAGGCUAAAUGAUCAUGUCCUAUUUUUACUUUAGGCUAAUUUUUUAUUUUUCCUUAAGACAAUUUGGAGUGUAAGUUCUACCCUCUUUUGGUACGCUCACAACACGUUGGCGCGGCUGAGGCGGUCACUAUUCUGCAGCUUGAGUUUGUGCUGCUUGAACAACCAUUCUGCUUAUUGCACCCACCACCUCCAUAUAUUGCAUUGCAACUUUGUCUUCGUUUUUGGUUAUUCCCACUUAAUUCUGAUUACGAGAGAAAGAAAAGCACCAUUCAGGUUGUUGGUAUGUGAAGUACUGACUAUUUUUUGCUAUGCUUUGAGUUGCAUUAUGCAUAUAUGCAGCAUUUCUAGAAUGUUCUAGCAACCAAUUGUUCUAAAAUAUUCCUACAAUGCGAUCUGUUCAACUGCGUAAUUCAUUUGUGUUUUUACCGAAGCUACGAUACAAUAUAUUGUAAAACAGUGGUCAGUUGAAUUCUAUCGACCAGAAAAGUUCAUCUGAAGACUUUAUUGGUGAAUUCUUUAUCUUCAGAUAGUUAUUGUUACCUUAAAUUGAUUAUCGCGAUAAGUUAUCGAAAUUCGGAUCCGUCCAAUAAUCGGCCUUUCGAGACAUGGCGGAGAAUAGUUUAAAGUCAACGGCAGUUGUCAAGUUUGACCCCUUCAAACUUCCGGAUCAGUUCAACAAGGUAGCCCCACAGACUGAUCUGCACAAAAUACCGGAAGACUGGCUGUUGGAUGAGAAAGACUAUUCUCUGGAUACGCUGGGAUCCACUUCUAAUCCAGUCAUUCCGAGACCAACUGCGGCCGCGUCUCAGCCGCUCAGUUUGGUGUCGGCGCCUGGAGGCAGUUUCAACAUGGCGUAUAAUAACGUGGAUAUGGUCGGCGACGUAGAUGUCAUUGCUCAUUCUGAUGUUGUGAAGAAACUUAUUCGUCUUCCAUUUGACAAGCGUCAGUUGAGUAUCGUUGUGCACCGAAUCGGAAAGACUCUUCUACUGGAUGAGUUCGACAUCCUUGCUCUGCUAAUUGCCACACAGGAAACCGAGUGGCAAUGGAUUCGAGAGUUUGUCCAGAAUCAUGUCUUGGAUGAUCUCAAAAGAAAGAAUCUUCAUAUUAAGAGACCAUACGGUCGAUCAACUCCAGCGGCAAUGGAGCACAGCAUGAUGUCCAAAUUCCUCCACUACAGCGUGCCAAAGAUGCUCGGGUCCCAGUCUUCCUUCUCGGAAGAAACAGUCAUAGCUCCUCCAUCCGACAACGAGAUUCUAAAUCUACCCGAACCGAACCUCAAAAUCGCAGGACUUUCUGAAGCCGAGAAAAUUGAGGACUCUUCGCGAACUGUUUUAUGGGAGUUUGAAAAUAUGCAGAUGUUAUUGGGAAGUAACUUGCCCAUCUUUGGAGGCGCCGAUCACCCAGUUGUCAGCUUGAGACUGCAUGAUGAUUCCAAGCCCAUCAAUGUGUUGACUGGACUAGAUUACUGGCUGGAUAACUUGAUUUGCAAUGUGCCGGAAUUGGCCAUGUGCUUUCAUAUUAAUGGAAUUGUGCAAAAAUACGAGGUUUACAAAACUAUGGACAUUCCAAACUUGGAGUCGAGCAAAUUUUCCCCGACUGCAGUUCGAGACAUCGCACAGAAUAUUCUCUCAUUCCUGAAUAACAACUGCACGAAAGAAGGACACACUUACUGGUUGUUCAAACCACACGGUGAUGAAAUCGUGAAGCUCUACGACUUGACAUCAAUCUGCGAGACCACUUCGAACGAGCAGGAAACUUUGGGAUCCUCUCAGGCCAUGCACAACCCAUUUGCAAUUCCAGUGGCUUUCUUGCUCUACCGAGUGGCUAAGAAUUUGGUGGCCAAAUUCUCACAUGACAGCGAAAGGUCUUCAAAAGUGCGUGAUACCGUUUAUUCGCUGUUACGCAAUGCGCUAAAACUCAUUCGUGACGUUAGGACGCAAUCCGAAACUACGUCCUCAGCAGGCUCCUCUUUUUCCGCAGAUGCGCAGUUCAAAAAUUUGGAAGGAUGUAUUUACUUCUUACUGGUUCAGUUGUAUAUUCCGUCCGGACCAUGGAAAGACUGGGCUUCCGGAAGUAGCGAGGAUACGGAAAGUGUGGAUGACCUUGGAAGCGAGUGUGGAGACAGUCUGAACACCGAUUUAGACGACGCUUCCACCAGAACAAACAGCCCGGACCUUGGCGGAUCCCAAAAACCUGGAGAGGGUCCCAAUAGUUCAGACGGGCAAGAGUCGGAUGUAUAUAAGGGUGUUUCGAUUGAGAGAAAGACUCUGCUGAAUAAAUCAGAUCGCAGUUUGAUAAAAGAGCAUCGCAAGGCACACGAAUACUCGCAUUUGGACUUGACUAUCGAGGAGAGAUGCAGAUCGGCUUUAGAAUACACUUUGAAGUGCUUCCAGUUUCUGGACUCAUACUCUUUCGAGCACAGGAGCUCUGAUCUCCCAAAAUCUAACGCUGAUCAAUCUGAUGAAACGUCAUUGAUCUCAGUAGAUGCUGCUAAAACAUGGAAAGACAGCAUCAGAUGCAGCCUGCAAUACAAACUAGCUGUCAUUUUGUCCACUUUUGGGCUCCAAUUCUUCGAAACUGGAAAAUAUGGACGUGCUUUUCGCUAUUUGAAACUUGCACUUUCAUCCUGCUGUUCAAUUGGAGUUGCAAGUGAGCUAAAAUGCGACGAAACCAGUGGAGAAAAACAGGAUGAAAAAGGAACUGAAGAUGCCAAACGAGGAUCUUUGCUGUUGGGAAAGAUUCUACAGUUGAUGGGUGAUGUUUUCAUGUUCUUUGCGAGCUGCACCAAAAGUCCAGAGCAGGCGGAACUGCAUAUUGAGGAGGCGACUAAAGGUCACACAGAGAUUGAACUUCAGUUGUCGUGUUAUUUGACACCGGACAACAAUGAAAUUUAUGCCAAAAUGGACCAACAUUCAAUAUGCGGCGAUUACGAGAGAUGUAUUGAUUCGGCGGCUGGAAUCUACAACAUAUGUCGAGAUCAUAUGGCCACGACUAACUAUUCUUCACUUGCCAAAAACACAAGAGACGAAUUCUCGAAUGUCCUCGAACAGAAAUGGAGCUCAACUUACAAAACACAACAGCAGAAAAACACGUUAAGUAAAUCUGAUCAAAGCCGAUCAAAGAAAUCCCGCUCAAAAAAUUCUUCCGAAAAGUUGAAUAAAAAACCGAGCUCGACAAAUGAGGUAAGAAUUGCAAAGAAAUCGCCUGCCGCAAUAGACGUACAAGAGUGGGCUUUCAAAGGGGAGGGCUACUUGUUGAAACGAAUGGGCAAUGUUAACAACGAGUUGGGCAGAAUGUAUGAGAACAGGCUGAUGGCGUCAUGUUCUUCAGUUUCUGAAACAGGUGAAAUUCCAUAUGAAGCGGAAGAUCUUCUGAAAUUAUCAAAGAGUCACUUCGAAAAAGCGCACGAUUACUUCGCUCAGAUCGGAGACCGGGCCAACGUUGGAUUGGUGGUCGGAAACACCGGACGUCUGUGUAGAAUAUGGGCGUAUUUGUUGAACUUGCAAAGCACGAGUGAACAGAAAUCUCCGACUGGCAAUACGGAGCAGGAAGACGAAGUUUCAGAUACCAAUAAAGCAGUUGAAGAAAGUGGGGUGCCAUCGGCGGUUAAAAGCUACUAUUACAAGGCAAUAGAUUAUUACAGACAGGCGCUGGUUAAUCUCGAGAACACUGGAGACUCGAAUUUAGUCAGUGGAAUGACAUGGGAUCUAUGCACUACAUAUUUCACUUUAGGACGACUAGUCCAAGACAACGCCAGUACUCAGACACCGAAAGAGAGAGAAAGGUCAAAGCAAGAAGUCAUUGACAAUUUGACAAAAGCUAUGAAGUAUUGCAUUCCGCCACCCAAUAUAUGCGAGAAAAAAGUGUCAGAAAAUGAUAUCUUGUUGAAAGAGAGACACUUGAUCCGCCUAGGAGAAAUUCAUCAACGUUUGGGAUCUUUGUACCAUCAUGCGUACAGGUUCGACGAGAAUGCGGAGAAGUCAAUGCAUGCUUUGGCAGAAUUCCACUACUCGAAGGCGGCUGAUUGUUUCCACGUGGACCAAAGGGAGCAGGAGGAGAGCUCAGGUUCAGCUGAGAUUGAGAAUGCACGACUGGACCGAGAUGACCUGUAUGCGAGAGUACAACUGGAAAGAGUGGCUUUGUUAGAAUUUCAACUGAACAGUGCAACAAUUCCUAAGCUGAUCUGCAAAAUGCUCAACACAUCAGUGGCUAUUCUGAGCGAAGCCUUCGCAGCCCUGGAAAGACUAGAUUUUGAAAAACAUUCUCUAUCGACUGUGUUCAUUCAGCAAAUCAGGAAAGUUCUGCUCUUCAGUUUCAAAUUCUACUCGUCUUCAGCAGGUCCCAAGAAAAAUAGUGGGAUCAAAAAUGACGUGCAAUCGAGAGACAAGCUGAAAGCUCUGUACGCAAGAUCCUUAAAAGCAGACGUUACAAACUGCCAAGAUUGGCUGGACAUUUUAAAACAGUUUAGAAAUUUAAUGAUCACUAUGUCCAUCUAGAUCACUUUUUCCAUGUAGCAUAAGUGGCGACAUUAAAAUUGCGAUAAAGAAAUUGAUUUGUUGAAUUAAAAUCUAUUUUGUUGUCUACUCCAAAA